CAAAUUUUAAUAAUUUUAAUUAAGAAUGACUAGAUAUAUUAUGUUGACUCCAUUUUAUGAUAAAUAAAUAGGGAUAUUUAUUUUUAAAAAUCCAAAUAUUUUACUAUAAAUGAUAAAUCUAGUUGAGCGUCUAUCUGUUAUCCUACCUUGGAGUCGUCCACGUGUCUGUUGUCCAACUGCCAGCCACCUCACACAAAACCCAUCAUAUAAAUCCUCAAUACAACCCAUAUAUAUUUCUCUCGCAUCUUCAUCAUCCCAUAAUACUAACAACAUAUUAACAUGUCUACACUUUCACACCUCUCAAACAACCUCAUGUUCUCUCUCAAAGUCCUCACCAUCUCCUCCUCUCUCUUCUUCAUAGCCUUCUUCCUCAAGCUCUCCCUCCCAGACCUCACAGUCUUCGCUCUCUCCGACUUCCCGGUCAUUUUAAACGGCGUCGCUUCAUGGCUCAAGCCACCUUACUUGUACCUCGUCAUCAAUUGUAUUAUCAUCACUAUUGUCGCCACUUCCAAGCUCCAGUCCAAGUUCGAUCACUACGCCGUUCCUCCGCCGCCACCUAUAGUCGGUAUUAAGAGUGAUGAUGAGGUGGCGGCGGCGGCGGCGUUUGAUCACUUCUCGUUCUCUCCUCCUCCGCUGGUCAGCGGAGGAGGUGGAGUAAAGAGAGGUGACCUGGCGAGCACGGUUGCAACGGAGAUGCCAACGUCUCCGUUGCAACCGUUGUUCGAUUACGGAUAUAAUGGUCCGGAGAAGGUUUCGGAUUUUGGUGUGUAUGGAAAUGUGGAGGUGGAGGAUAGGGUUAGGGUUCCGGAGAGUGGAAAUAUAAAUGGCGUCGUGAGCAGCGUGGAGGAUGCGAAAAUGGAGGCCAGGGUUUUCGAGAGUGAAGAGAAAGUUGUUAAGAAAAAAUAUGAAGAUUCUGGUGCGAAAGAGGAUAGUUACGUGGAAGUGAUGAAUUUGACGUCGAAUAAGGUGAUUAGUAGAGCUCCGGAAAGAGCAUCGGUUCUGGAGUCCUCCAAACCUCCGGCGUCUUCUAGGUUCGGUCACCGGAAAGUGGUCAAAUCCACUCCCGAUCAUCAAGGUGGAAAAACACUGAAAGUAUCAAAGCCGAAGCGGCACGAGACGCUGGAGAGCACAUGGAAGACCAUAACAGACGGGCGCCCAAUGCCCCUAACACGACACCUCCGGAAAUCCGACACGUGGGAGCACCAUCCCGCUCACACCACCCAUGCUAUCGACACCCCAGACUACAGCAAGAUGACAAAAUCCGAGACGUUCAAUGAUCGCACCAUCAGGAAAAAGAAUUCAUCCACGUUGUCGCGCUCCUCUGGCUCGGGAGGAAAGCUGAAGAAGGAUCCAUCGUUGGGUCAGGAGGAGCUCAACAAGCGAGUCGAGGCGUUUAUUAACAAGUUCAAUGAGGAUAUGAGGUUGCAGAGGCAAGAAUCUCUUAAUCAGUACAUGGAGAUGAUUAACCGUGGGGCGGGUCCUUAAUUACAGAUUAUGGGAUAGAAAUGUAGGUUUGCAUGACUUUAGGUUUGUAGAUUAAUGAAUGAAAUGAAAGAAUGGGAGUAUAUAUAUGUUGUGGUUGGAUGAAUAGACUCGUUUCAAGUGUAUUGAUUCCCAUGGUUGAGGGGCAAGUUGGAUUUACUAAAUGGCCGAUUAUCAUCUAAUGGUCAUGUAAAUUAUCUGUUCUGUGUAAUUAGGAGUGUAUUUUUUGCUAUCUCAUGUCUUGAAUAUGAUUCAUUCA